AUGGAGGCGCUGCGCCCCGCGGGGGGGGAGGGGCGGCCCCGGGGGGUCCUGGCCGCCAGCCUGGGGGAGCUGCGCCAGCAGGCGCGCUCGGCGCUGGCGCUGCCCCUCCCCCCCGCGCUGGCGCUGGCCGAGGACGGGACCCUCGUGGAGGACGAGGAAUUUUUCGGGACCCUCCCCCCGCACGCGGCCCUGCAGGCCCUGGGGCCGGGGCAGCGCUGGGAGCCCCCCCGGGCCCCCCCGCCCUGGGAUCUGGGCCGGGGUCUCCCCGAGGAGCCCCCCGGGGGUCCCCCCGAGCUGGCCCGGCUGUCGCUGCUGCGGGACCGGGACCACCCAGGGGGGGCGCGGCUGCGGCUGCAGGGGCGGCUGCGGGGGCUGCGCUGGGAGCUGGGCGGGCUCGGGCCGCACUCGCUGCUCAGGGAGCUGCUGCGGCUCCUGGUGUCGCUGUCCCGGGCCCUGGGCCAGGCCCUGCUCGGGGUCUCGGCCGCGCUCCGGCCCCUCCUGGAGGGACCCCAGACCCACGGCGAGGGGCACUGA